UCACAGUCACACACGGCCGCAGACGCAUUCCUGGGUGCAGCGCAGGACGAGGCUAUGGCCGGUGGGCGACGAUCGUCCGUACCAGCUUCUCUGCAGCUGCCAUCGGUCUCUGCUCUUCUGCUUCUCACGAUCUUUAGCUCUAACUGGGGGCAUGCCGUGGCAAAAUUUGAUCCUGCGAACAUGACGGCACUCCAGGAGCAUGUCUCCUUUUUCGACCGCAACAAGGACGGCAUCAUUACUCCUGCGGAAACCUUCGAAGGGUUCGUUGCAAUCGGUUGCGAGAUUGCAUUCUCUACAGCUGCCGCGACGACCAUCCACACUGCUCUUGCUUUUAAAACGACCCCGGCCGGUGCACCACUUCCCUACAUAAACAUAUAUGUAGAGUAUAUCCACAAAGCUAUCCAUGGAGGUGAUACAGGUGUAUAUGAUGCAAAAGGAAGGUUUGUUCCUGAAGAGUUUGAGGGAAUAUUCAAAAAGUAUGCAAAAAUCCGACGAGAUGCGUUGACAUACGCGGAGAUGGAGUUCAUGCUUGCGGACAAUCUAGAUCCACUAGACCCGUCAUCAGUGGCACCCCAGGUAGAAUGGGGUCUAAUAUACACGCUUGCAAGCGAUUGGCUUGGGUUUCUUCACAAGGACAAAAUCAGAGGUAUUUACGAUGGAAGCGUGUUCACCAAGUUGGCGGAGAAGAGGAAGCCUUUUCAAAGUGAUAUGUGAUGGACUCUAGCAAUUAUGCACCUUAUUCGAAGUGCAUUUGAUUGCCCAUAGUGAAAAACUGGUGGCUAGUCUAGUAAUCUAGCUGCCACAUGUAUCUUUCCUGCUUUCAUUUAAAUCUGAAUUCAGUAGAGCUUGAACUCGCGGUUUGUGCGGGUCUUGCGCGUCUGGUCAGAGCUAGAGCGAGAACUCGACCACAUCCUACUAUCCUAGUACACCUCCAAGAUGGAAUCCAUGGGUCUGCAGGAUUACAAUUUACAACUUGAUCGUGGGCACGGUUUGGCUUAGACAAUUUCCCUUUAAGCAAUGAAAAAGGUAGAGAAAAGCUGUACGAUUUGGCAGCACAAAA